AUGGUCCAGAGUUUUGUCUUCACCAUUGAGGAAAUCAACAAUAACCCUCAGCUUCUUCCAAAUUUCACUCUGGGCUUUGCCAUCUGGGACUCUGGGAGCUCUGAGUUGGGGGCCCUGUGGGGGACAAUGGCUUUGUUGACUGGCCAGGGGUAUUCCAUCCCUAACUACGGUUGUGCCAUCCCUGAGGCCCCCCUGGCUGCCAUCCUUGGAGAGGAUCGGUCUGCACUCUCCAUCCCCAUGGCCACAUGGCUGGGUCUCUACAGGAUUCCCCAGGUGAGCUACGGAUCCACUGUGUCGGUCCUCAGCGACAAGAAGCGCUUCCCCUCCUUCCUGCGCACUCUGCCCCCUGAUGAAGCCCGGGCUCGUGGGAUGGCGCGCCUGGCGGCCCACCUGGCCUGGUAUGCAGUGGGGCUUGUGGCGCAGGAUGACGAAUAUGGGCAGCGUGGGGCGCGGACUCUGCGGCUUGAGUUGGAGGGGGCCGGCCUGUGCGUGUAUGUGGCAGCUGAGCUGCCCGCCUCUGGGAGCCCAGAGAAGCUGCGUAAAGCGGCUAGCACCCUGGCCGCCGCCCAGCCCCUCACCCUCUUAGUCUUCUCGCGUGCCCAGGAACUUCUGCUGCUUGCUGCAGAGCUGCACCGCCAGGGUGCUGGCCGUGGCCACCUCUGGAUUAGCAGCGAAGUCUGGGACCCAGCGCUGCUGGAUACCCUGUCCCUGGGAACCACCCUGAGCGGGGCACUCUCCUUCUCCGGCCAUCGCGGCCGCAUCCCUGGUUUCGCGGACUUCCUAGGGCUGCUGCACCCGACACGCAGCCCAGAGGACAAGUUCCUGGAGCCCUUCUGGGAGGAGACAUUCCGCUGCCAGUGGUUCCCCAACUCAUCCUCUUCUGGUCGGGCUUCCAUGGUAGGAGGAGCAGAAGCCGAAGGACUACUAGGGGUAGUGGAAGGAGGAGGAAGGGGACAAGAAGCAGAGGUCAAGACCGGGGCUGGGAGGGGCACACGCCACUGCACUGGGGAAGAGACUCUUCAUGGACAGGACCUCCCCUUUUUGGACAUGAGUGACCUGAGUGUGACCUAUGCUGUGGCCAAUGCCGUAUCCAGUGUGGCCCACGCACUGCACGAUAUGACCAUCUGUGAGGCCGGGGACGGACCUUUUGUGGAGGGCCAGUGUGCAGAUAUGCCCAAUUUUCAGCCCUGGCAGCUCCUGCAUUACCUGAGGAGAGUGAGAUUCCGAAAUAGCUAUGGGGAAGAGGUGCUCUUUGAUGCUCAGGGAGAUCCUCCAGCUCUUUAUGAUGUCAUGAGGUGGCAGCCUGGCCCCCGGGGCCACCUUCCCUUCCAGGAAGUCGCCAGAUUUAAUGACACAGCAGCCCAGGAAUGCCAGCUGCAAAUGAAUGGCAGUGUACUCGCUUUGGAAGGGAUGGAAGAGCAGGUCUCUUCCGCUGUCUGCCAGGAGACUUGCCCUCCUGGAACCUGGAGGACCUCCCAGAUCGGCCAGGCAAGCUGCUGUUUUGCUUGUCCCCAGUGCCCUGUGGGACAGGUGUCUGAACACAAAGCAGAUGCUCCUACAUGCAGGAAGUGCCCUGAUGAUACCCUGUGGCCCAGCCCAUCAAGGGAUCACUGUGAGCUGCAGCCUGAUGUCUUCCUCCGAUUUGGGGAUCCCUUGGGGGCUGUUCUGGCAUCACUUGGGGUUUGUGUGUCUCUGGCUACAGGAGUGGUCCUGGUUGUCUUUGUCUAUAGCCGCCACACUCCUCUGGUGCGGGCCAGCAGCCCAGGGCUCAGCACCCUCCUGCUCACUGCCUUGCUUCUAAGCAGCCUCAGUUCCCUUCUCUUCCUUGGUCGCCGGGGUCCCUUCGACUGUCGGCUCCGCCAGGUGGCCCUCAGCAUCACCUUCACUGUGGCAGUCUCCUGUGUACUGGCCAGGACAGCUGCUGUCCUUGUGGCCUUCAGAGCAGUCCAGCCAGGCAGCUCCCUUCAAAUGUGUCUGGGGCCUGGCCUGCCUCGGGCCAUGGUUGCAGGGCCCCUCAUAGCCCAGGUUUGUAUCUGUAUUGUCUGGCUAGGGGUCGCCCCCAAAAGCCAGAGCAGAAGCACAUCACUGGCCCCCAACACAGUCUCACCUGAGUGUCGUGAGGCCUUGCCUCCUGGCUUCUGGGGCAUCCUGGGCCUCCUGGCUUUGGCUGGCUUUGUCCUGGCCCUUCUGACGCGCCAGCUUCCUGGUGGCUUUGGUGAAGCCCACCUUCUCACGCUCAGCCUGGCAGUAUGUGUGUGUGUUUGGCUGGCCUCUCUGCCUGCCCAGAUCCACAGCAGGGGACGGGCAGUGGCAGCAGCUGUACAGGCCUUCAGCAUCCUGGCCUCCAAUGCUGCUCUGCUGGGCUUCAUCUUCCUGCCUAGGUGUGUUAUCAUCCUGCUCCAGCCCCAUAGGAACAAUAGGGCGUGGCUCAUGGGGAGGCCACCCACCAUACACCUCCCUCCCAGCUCCAGCUGA